CCGGGGGAGAGUCGAGGAGCAUUAAUAAAUCUAUACGCCGAGGAGAGGAAACUCUGGCUGGGGCAGAGCGCGGAGCUCCGGCAGUUCGCGGGGGAACCGCGGCCGGAACGGCAGCGCAACGGGCGAAAUACAAUACAGGCAACAACAGAAGGGAGCCCUCGUACCUCUCCCGUAAACACACUCCACUCCACUGCCACCUCCCCCUUGGCAUCUUGCUGCCCGGCGCCCGAGGCCGCCCGGACUGCUAUGUAACCGAGAAGCUGCGGGAGAAAGGGGAACCCGGGAGAAGAGGUUCGCCAGUGAAAGCCCCUAGGGGCCAAGUUUGCGGCCGCUUUUGCUCGCGCGCGCCCUUUCGUAGCCCCCCGCUCACCCCUUCCUGGAGCCCAGCUCGCCCGGGAGUCCCUCGCAUCCUCGGGUGUCCAACAGACGCGGUUCCCGGCGACCAUGGUGACGGUGGACGAGCUGCGGGAGAUGGACUGCAGCGUGCUCAAAAGGCUGAUGAACCGGGACGAGAACGGCGGCGGCGCGGGCGGUAGCGGCAGCCACGGCGCCCUGGGGCUGCUGAGCGGCGGCAAGUGCCUGCUGCUGGACUGCAGACCGUUCCUGGCGCACAGCGCGGGCUACAUCCGAGGCUCGGUCAACGUGCGCUGCAACACCAUUGUGCGGCGGCGGGCCAAGGGCUCCGUGAGCCUGGAGCAGAUCCUGCCCGCCGAGGAGGAGGUGCGCGCCCGCCUGCGCUCCGGCCUCUACUCCGCCGUCAUCGUCUACGACGAGCGCAGCCCGCGCGCCGAGAGCCUCCGUGAGGACAGCACCGUGUCGUUGGUGGUGCAGGCGCUGCGUCGCAACGCCGAGCGCACAGACAUCUGCCUGCUGAAAGGUGGCUAUGAGAGGUUCUCCUCCGAGUACCCAGAAUUCUGUUCGAAGACCAAGGCUCUGGCAGCCAUCCCACCUGCUGUGCCCCCAAGCACAGCGGAGUCCUUGGACCUGAGCUGCAGCUCCUGUGGAACCCCACUGCAUGACCAGGUGCGGGCUGAGAUCAGACUUCUGCUUGGAGAGGCUCAGGACUCAGGGCCUCAAUGCUGGGGGGGUCCGGUGGAGAUCCUGCCCUUCCUCUACCUCGGCAGUGCCUAUCACGCGGCCCGCAGGGACAUGCUGGAUGCCCUGGGCAUCACGGCCUUGCUGAAUGUCUCCUCCGACUGCCCGAACCACUUCGAAGGACACUAUCAGUACAAGUGUAUCCCGGUGGAGGACAAUCACAAGGCCGACAUCAGUUCCUGGUUCAUGGAGGCCAUCGAGUACAUUGAUGCGGUGAAGGACUGCCGCGGGCGCGUGCUCGUGCACUGCCAGGCUGGCAUCUCCCGCUCGGCCACCAUCUGCCUGGCCUACCUGAUGAUGAAGAAGCGCGUGCGGCUGGAGGAGGCCUUCGAGUUCGUCAAGCAGCGGCGGAGCAUCAUCUCGCCCAACUUCAGCUUCAUGGGGCAGCUGCUGCAGUUCGAGUCGCAGGUGCUGGCCACGUCCUGCGCGGUGGAGGCCGCCAGCCCCUCGGGGCCCCUGCGCGAGCGGGGCAAGGCCACCCCCACGCCCACGUCGCAGUUCGUCUUCAGCUUCCCGGUCUCUGUGGGGGUGCACCCGGCCCCCAGCAGCCUGCCCUACCUGCACAGCCCCAUCACCACCUCCCCCAGCUGUUAGAAUCCUCGGAACGCCCCCCCACCCCUACACCAGCCCACGUUGGGUGGGGCCCUGUGGCCCGGUAGCAGGUCCGGACUGACCCGCAGGGGGCCUGGCAACCAAGCUCCUUCCAUCCAUCUCUCUGGCCGACCGUGGGGCCAGCUAGAAUGGCAAUAAGGACCUCGAAUACAUAUUUAAACGCAAACAAAACACUCCAACUUAGAGCAAUAACGGCGUCCUCGGCAGGCAGGGAAGACCUGGGGCUUGGUUUGUGUGUCAGUUUUAGUUUUCAGAUAGGAAUUUCUUACCUCAUUUUUUUUUUUUUUAAGCAGUAAGGCUUGAAGUUAGGAAACCCACAGAUCCUGGCAAAUGUGCUCUCCCGGUUUUAUUAGGGGGAGGGGGGUGGAGGGGAGGCAAAGGGCGGAAAACAAGUUGACCAGAAGUGCCUGCUUCUGUGUGCUUGGUCCUUUUGUUUGUUGUAGUUACAGGAAUUUUUUUUUUUUUUUUUUUAAAGAAAUCUUUUAGGACAUGGUUUUCCUUUUUAACUCGCCAUCAACAGGUGAAUACUUAUGCUUAAUAAUAAAUAAAAGUAUUUAUUGAGAA